AUGUGGCUUAGAGUGUCAUAUCUACAUGAUUUGAUAGCACCAUUGUGGAAUGAGCCGGUUCUUGGAAACAACUCGAGGUUGUUCAAGUUAAAUAAGAAACUCAAGUAUAUUAAGAUCAAAAUCAAAGAGUGGAAUUUGAGUCAGUUCCAAAACAUCCAUAAAGAGAAACUCAGGGUUACGGCAAAACUAGAGGUUCUAUCCAGUUUUGUCAUUAAGUCAGGCAUGAAUGAUGUACUCUUCCAAAGGGAAAGCUCUCUUAAGUCUGAACUAAAUGAAAUUCUUCAGCAUGAAGAAAUUCACUGGAGACAUAAAUCCAGGGAACUUUGGCUCAAGGAUGGAGAUAGAAAUACCAAGUUCUUCCACAGAUCGGCUAUUGCCAACUGUAGCAAGACCAGAAUAUCGGAGGUUGUAAAACCGGAUGGUAGUAUUGCUAGAGAUUAUGAGGAUAUUGCCCAGGAAGCAGUAAGACAUUUUGAAUCUUUGAUCAAUGGCAAUUGUCAGAAUGUUCAAGAAGAAAGAAACAGAAUUAUAGAUGCAAUCCCUCCUUUAAUUACUGAAAGACACAAUAAAAAGAUCUUCAAAACUAUUGACUUAGAAGAAGUCAAGAAAGUUACCUUCCAGUUGAAUCCCGAUAAGACUCCAGGCCCUGAUGGUUUUCCUGUGGCCUUCUUUUAG